UGGCAAGACACAGCAUCGUCCAAUCAUAAGCGUCAAUGCAGGCCAUUGCCGCUUUGUGUACAAGCGACUCUGUGCCCUCUGGCGGCGGAUGCUUACCACAGGCGAUUAAAAGUGCGGGAUGGCCGGUGUUGUUGAAGGGUUGUGUAUCGUAUGUCUGGAUCGUUCGAGAUCCUUGUAGUGACGGUGAUGCCUCUCUUGGUUAUAUGUAUCGCUUGAGGCACGAGAUACCGCGUCUGGUAAGUGAAGAGCCCUAUCUGCAUAACCUUUGCCACCUGUGGUAUGAUAGGCAUAACCUGGUCGUAGGGCUUGCCCACGCGACCAGUGAGCUGGACACCCUAAAGGCCGAAACUGCGAGCGACACUAAGCAACCUCACCAUUCGAUCUGCAGCCAGAAAUGACUUGAAGUAGCUUUGCCAACUGUCUAAGUGUUGCUUCGGUUCUCGAUCAAUCACGACAACGACAACAAAAGGCGCGCUGUUCCACUGGCUUCAGGUACAGGUAACCACAGUAGCAUCGGUUUUAGGCACCCACUCCGAGAACACGUCCGUGCCGAAAAACAUGGCACUCCAGCGAGACAGACGUUGUCCUGUGCGCACAAAAGGGCAUCAGUUGUGUCUUCGGUAAGACAGCAACUCAGAUAGACCUUCAAUACCGCUCGCUUGCCCGCAAGUAUGCCGA